AUGGCGGCGUGCAUUCGGCCGGUGUCAACGUACUUCCCUGCGUCGCCGGAUUCAAAUUCUCGGAAAUUCUGGCGUGUAUCUCGUAUGAUCAUGGGCGAGUAUAAGCGUAGAGAAGAUGCUAUUUACACAAAUUCGAAUGGUGAAUCUGUUGGUGUGCAAGUCAUCUCGUUUCGACCCGCGGUGAACAUGUACAACAUCAUGUUUGAAAACGGAAAAACUGAGUUGGUGAAGCCGAAUCAACUUGAAAGAGCCAAGUCCGGAGGUCGUGGUCGUCAAGCCAAGAGCAAUUCGCCUCGCCGAGCAUCUCGCUCGCGAUCGCGUAGUCGGGGUCGUACGUCGAAAACUCGUCGUUCUGCCCCUAUUGUACCCAAUGAACCGGAUAAGGAAUCCAGUAAAGCUAAAGGAAAGUCUGGCGACGCGGCAUCAUCUGCUGACGAAUCCGUCAACGUUGCGAGUGAAGUGCCCGUGAGAAGUCGUCGCAGAUCAACAAGGAUUGCUGCUCAAGAAACUACGCAAAUUCCCACAAAAGUUUCCAUCAAGCAAAGUAUCAAUUCUGUACAACUUUCCAAGUCGACUGCUUCUUGGUUGGCCAUCAUAGGUGCGACUGUGUGCACUGUUGCGAUCCCUGCCUCACUUCUUGCCAUCAACAUGAUGUGCGACAAGAAAAAUUGUCAUCUGCGAACUCUCUCUGUACCCCGUCGUCUGGCGACUUUCUAUGACCCAGCUGCCUGGAUGGUUUACUUCUCAUUUGCCAUGGCAAAUGCCCUUCUGCUUGUUCUACCUGUCGGACGCAAAAUUGAAGGCCCCGUUACAAAUAGGAUUCGACAAAAGUACCGUUGCAAUGGUUGGCUCUCGUUUCUGCUCUCAGCAAGUUCACCAAUUAUGCUGGAUUUGUACGUUGUUCCGAUUGAAUUUCUGCGUGCCAAGUUCUUCGCUUUGAUGACAGCUGCGUGGAUAUUCGGCACUCUGCUCUCGGCGAUGGUUUACAUGAAGAAUCGCCUUCGUCCUGGAAGAAAUCUGAACGUCAGCGGUCAGACAGGCAAUAUGUUGGUUGAUUGGCAUGCAGGGCGAGAAACUAUCCCGAGAAUCGGCUCUCUGUUUGAUCUUAAACUUUACGCCGUGCGAUUGUCAAUAAACGGAACGGCUGCUUUGACGGUUGGACUGUGGUGGAUUGCAGCGAAGAAGCAUGAUUGGGAUGUACCCCCGCAAAUGACAGUUUGUGGGGCACUGAUGCUUCUCUGCUUUCUGGAUUUCUUUCUGCGCGAAAAUGACUACUUGACCACGUACGAUUAUCUAAAGACUGGUGCUGGUUACGCGUUUUUCUCAUCCGCCACCGCAUCCCCAUUCCUUUGUUGCCUGCCUAUGCGAUUCCUCCAUGAUCAGUACGAAAACAAAUUACUCAUACCCAUGAGAUAUCCUGACCUAGUCGGACUGGUUGCCCUAUUCUUGGUCGGAUACUUGUUGUACUUGAUCGCAAAUAGAAUCAAGAACGGUUUCAGGAGAGAUCCAAAUUCCAAGCGCUUCGCUGAUUUGGAGACCAUUGCCACUGCGUCUGGAAAAUCACUGAUCGUUUCAUUUCCAUGGGGUUGGGUGAGACGUCCAAAUUAUGUUGGAAACGUCAUCAUGAUGAUCUGCAUCGCUAUGACGACUGGAUUUGGCCAUGUUCUACCUUACGUAUUGCCUCUGACAACGAUUGUCUUCCUGGUCCUACGCACUUUUGAAGAUGAGGCUCGUCUGGCGGAGAAAUAUGGAAAUAGUUGGACACGUUAUUGCCAACGUGUACCUCACCGAUUCAUCCCAAAAGUUUUCUGAAGAAGAGAAACAGUUGCUUGACUUGAACAAAAGCUCAAGAUCAAAAAUUUGUAAUUUGUUAUCAUCAGACGGAAGAACCAAGAGAUAGAAACUAGAAACCGUUGAUGUUUUUUAUGUAUGGUAUUUCGCAACUUUUAUAAAUUGUACGCGAAGUUAUUUUCGUUUCUGUUUUUUUUUUUCAUGUUAGAACUUUUUGGGACCUGAUCAAACCAAAAUUGUGAAUAUUGUGUACAUUACUUUUAGAAAUUUCGCUACACACAGUCAUUUCGCCAUAUUGUCGAGCGAAGAUCUCUUAGAAUAUUUUUAUUUAGCUUUUUACUUAAACGGUUUUUGUAAAAUCAGACGAUCUCUUGUUCAGAUUAUCCGUUGAUGUUUGACCGGUACAAGAGUUAUUUGUUGUUUGUUGGUGAACCUCUGCUUUUUUUUUUACAUUGAUUGCAGCAUUCAAAAGAUCGUGUUUGAUUGUUCGUGGUUCAUUCUUUCUUCAGUUAUCCAAAUUCGUGGUCAAAUAAACGACGUGAAAGUGGUGUUGCUUCCCAA